GAGACGAAGGAAGACUGCUUGUGCAUAUGUGUGCAGGCUGUGGCGAAGAAUGAAGCAAUUGGAAGGAUGUGUAGUGCGUCUUGAAUCGAUUCUCGCUCGUUUUGCUGGAAUGCAAAGCAGCAGGGAGAGAAUUAAGCUUUAAUUCAGGGUUAUUUUUUAGAAAUUUUGGAGGGACGAGAGAGAAGAGGAGUUUGAGUUGGGGUUUGGAGGGGAUUAGGGUUGGUGUUUUGUGAAACAAGCCCUGGAAAGAAAGAGCGACGAUUUGAUUGUCAUCGAGAUUAAUCAGGUUUUGAUGUUGAGGUGUUAGAACUUCGCGCAAGGAAGAGGUUGUGAAAGACACUGGAGGAGAGAACAGUUACAGAGUAUGGGAUAGUUAGUCUGACGCUUGUGGAGGUGAGUUGUAGCGCUUGUUGCGACAAUCUUUGUGAAUUGCCUUUUACGUUAGCAUUGUGUUAAUGGCUGUUUCAGCGAGGUGGACGGAAUUUAUGGCGAGGAUUUCGACAGGUUGCAGCUUGUUGUAAAGAGCUUGCUCGGCUUGUGGUGUGCGGCAAUAGUGGUUAAGACGAUGCUGGAACGCUGGGAUUGUGAAGUAUGGCGAGCCUCUGAGUGAGAGAAAGGAAAUAACCUAAAUUCUUUGCAGUCCAUAAAGGAGUUAGGGAGUGCGGUUUUAAUUUUUUUUUGUGGAAAGCCGAGAUAGGACAUUCCUUCAAAGAUUGUUACAUUUCAUCGAGAUUUCAACCUCGACCUGGGACACUCUCUCGUUCCUCUGGUUGUAGCUGGACCAGGGGUUUGUGUGUGGAUCUCUUUUGAAAGGAAAUUUGGUGAGAGGGAAUCUAGUUAGAAAACGCUAUACCCGGAAGAUUCAGUGUAUUUCAGGAUAUUCUAUUUCGAUGAGAGAAUCGUAUAAGAUUUUCCUAUGGAGCAUGUGAGGAUUCAGCAAGAAUGCGAUGAGGAGACUGGAUUGUAGAAUUAAAAGCUUUCAAAUGAAGAUUAAUCUUCUGUUUCGAACACUGCACUUUGAAGGAAGAGAACUUCUUGGAGCGGGAAAUAAGUAGGACAUUUUAUAAACUUGAGUUUCCUAGCAGUGAAGCAACCUGCAGAGUUGGAGCUUUUCUUCUUAAGGAUGAGCAAUACAACAUAUAUGAUAACGACCUGUUAAAUUCGAUCGUGAUUCUUUUGGGUUAAUCAAUGCUUCAGCGAAAAGAGUCGUGAAGAAGUGUCUGGUCCCUCUUGCAAGGCCAGGCAGGAGGAGGAAGGUGGUGCAUCGCCACCUUUCUAUGACAGAACAGUAUGACGGAAGAGUUUUUAACCGUUGUCUUUUAGGAUGUAGGUGGAUUUUCUUAAGUUCUCGACUGUAAGCUUUCAAUGAAACCUCAGGAGGCGCACGAGGUUUGUGUAGAGUCUGCAGACCCUGUAGUAGGUGGACGACGACGAUUUCUUAACCAGAUCAGCAUGGAUAUCGGAGGAAGUAACGCUAGCAUGAAUCCGACGUGUACGCUACAUGAAGAGAGGUCACAAAUUGAGCAUUCUUGCUGUGUGCACGUGACAGAAGAAGGAUUUGAUGACGGCAAUACAGACAUGGUGUUUGACGAUAAAAAAAGCUCCUCUCUGUAUAUGAAUGGGCUGUUGACUAGUUCACCGUUUUCGCAAGGAUUUAUCAUACCCGGUGAUGCAGGACUCUGCACAACCCCUAACCUACUAAGGCGACAGAUUGCAGGAGAAAGUGGUUUAUUGGAACACAAUGGAGACGUUUUUGGGGACAAAUUUCAGCAUUUUGGGAGGAGUGAUAAGACUUGCAAGAAACGGAUCUCAGGUAGCCAUCUGUCUGGUGAUACCGAACGCAGAAGUAAGAAAAGUAGAAACUCGGUGUCUGAAGAGUCAGCGGGAGUUACAGGGACACCCUAUUUACCAAAGGAGCCCGUCAGGAGCAAACGAGGCUGGGCUCAGUACAAAUCCCCUUCUACUCAGGAGAAGUCGGGGAAAAAGAACUGGAAUCGAGGAGGUUGUCGCAUGGAAGUGCUACUCUCUGCUCCAAGUAGCCACGGGCUUUCGGAGGACGGCACGGGUGCAACAGGUGGAGUUAAUGCGAGGAAGAACAUUCUUUCGUGGUUGAUCGAAGCUGGGGCGCUAGUGAAAGAUCAGAAGUUGUUCUACCUGCACAAGGGGAAGAAGAAUCUAGGGCAUGGAUGGGUGACGAACGCAGGAGUGCUUUGUGGGUGUUGCAAUGACAUUUUCACUUUGUCAUAUUUUGAAGAGCAUUGUGGCAGCAGAUUGCAUCGACCUUGUCAGAACAUUUUUGUGGAUGGCGGCAAGUCUCUUACAGAGUUACAGAUGGAGGUCUUUCAAAAGGAGAAUGACUUCACGGGGUCCAGUGUACAUUCCAAAUCAGGUUCAGGGAAAAGACGUAGGCCGGAGAAAGAAGAGGGGAAGGUGGAGGGGGAUGGGAGCGAUGAUACAUGUGGAGUUUGCGGCGAUGGAGGAACGCUCAUCUGCUGUGAUCAUUGUCCAUCUACGUUCCAUCUGACUUGCAUGGACCUCCUGGAGGUUCCUAAGGACGAAUGGUAUUGUCCCAAUUGUCGUUGUGCAAUAUGUGAUGGAAGCCAAUUUAACGGUGAUCAGAACACAUUCAACGAAUUGACAGUCCUCUUCUGCGAUCAGUGUGAACGUGAAUUUCACGUGAAGUGUUUGUAUGAAAGGGGUUUUCCUAAAAUGGAUCACUGUCCAGAAGGAAGCUGGUUCUGCAGCGAAUCAUGCACACAGAUUUAUCAGAGCUUGCGAGGCCUCGUUGGUGUUACCAAUCUCUUGAGUAGAGGAUUUACAUGGACAUUGUUGAGAUCUCAAGCUGAAGAUUCGGACCCUAAGUCUGACGGGGAUAAAGAGCUAUUGAUUGAGCAUAAUAUCAAGCUUUCCAUGGCUCUAAGCGUGAUGCAAGAAUGCUUCAAGCCUAUGAUCGAUCCGCGCACUAACAUUGAUCUAGUUUCUCAUGUCCUGUAUAACCGGGGCAGGUCGGAUGUUAGUCGACUGAACUAUCGAGGAUUCUACACCAUGAUUCUCGAGAACGAAGAUGAGCUUGUGUCGGUUGCAACUAUCAGAGUGCACGGAAAUGAGUUAGCGGAGAUGCCAUUGAUUGGAACUCGUUAUCGAUAUCGUAGACAGGGAAUGUGCCGCCGUCUCAUGUACGCUAUUGAACAGAUGCUGCAUAGUAUUGGUGUGAAGUCACUGGUGCUCCCUGCAGUUCCGGAACUAAUGGAAACAUGGACAGGAGCUUUUGGUUUUCAGGCUCUGAGCAGCUGUGAGAAAAAAGAACUGACAAAGCUGAAUAUUAUGGCUUUUCCUGGAACUUCUUUAUUGCAGAAGUCUUUGCCGGGAUGGCCAUCAAAUUCUUCCUUCAAGGGGUUGUUGCAUAAUGUAGCAGGUACAGUGCAGGUGCAUAAUAUUUCAGUUCCACAGAUGGUUAACGUGCCCAUCGGUGGUCCGGAUCCGUUUCUGAGCGGCCAAGAUGUGGAUAUAUCACAUAGAGGUGGAUUCUUACACAAUUAUCUGGCGAAGAUGAGGGGUGGUGCCACAGGGCAUAGCAUGUUUGGAUCCGAUUCUCCUGCUAGCUUUCCUUCUCCACGUGCAAUUAUUCCCAAAAAGGAGCCGAUUCAUAAUCAGCACAGUGGUGCACAAUUUGACAGGUGUCGUGAGAACGGAAUUACUCCCAAGCAAAAACUGGAGAACUCGUAUAGCUCGAAAGUAGUAGUUGGGACGACACGCUCGAAACGUUUGGUCAAAACCACUCAAUGGGUAGUGGAUGCAAUGAACGAGCUUGCAGGUCGUCCUGCUCAAACAGAUGAACCAGGUACCAAUGUGUGUGCAGACAAGCAGUUGACUGUAGGGACGUCAGAUUCACCCAGUGCAGCGAGCUGUAUGGCUGAUUCAAAUGAAGACGAACCUAGAAAAUUGAUCCUGAGAAUUAAUUUGAGUAAAAUGAAAGAAGAGAAGAAAGAAAAGAAGAAAAAGAAAAAGGAAAAAUACCAGAGUAUAUCGAGCAACGGAGAGAUCAUGGGAGCAGAAGCGUCUUAUGCGAGUUUGGACGUAAAACCAGGACAGUCCGUCGACUUGAUAGCGUCUGGAGCUACAUAUUGCGGUAUCACUCCUCUCACACAGUGUCAGCUUCAGCUACCGCCAGCUGGCGAUCCCGAGUAUCCCCGAUUUCUACCCCAUGUUGACUUCCGGGAUUUAGAGCACACUCCAACAUUAUGCGGCCCCUUGACGAGAUUAAUGGAUCCUGAAGCAGAGCUUGUUGAGAUUGUGCCUGCACUAGAUGUGCGAUGCCGCCUCUUGGCUAUUCUCAAGCACAGGACGCGCCUGUACCAGUUCCUUCCUCCUGGAUAAGCUCUUCGCCUCCUCAAUCAUGAGACUACCCCCAGGUUGACCAUCAGAGUGCGUAGAGUCGCCCAACGCAGAGUAACGGAAGGGAAUGUCCUUCCAAGGUUCAGACACUGUUUUGGAAGUGUAGGUUUGCUUUUGCUGCUGUGAUACUUUGGGGUUGUCAAUUUUGAUGGCUGUAAGAUAGUCAGACGGCACAUGAGCAUGUCUAUUGUACAGAGGCCAUUCCAAUUUUAAUCCAAAUUCGUGAUACCAACCCUUGGCUUCAUGUUGGCUUCAUGCCUACAUGACAUUGGUAUUCAAAUCAGGGAAGGGAUAGAUUUUCAAAGGAAACCACUGAAUAAUCAGUAUUUUACGUAAUCGAAUGGUGUCCCACUGCAUUACUUUUGGUUUA